AUGUCCGCCCCUACCCCCGAAAUUCUUCGCUUUACAACCCACAAGUCCCUGAGCCACCGACUCGUUCUCUCUGCUUUAACAGGUCGUCCAAUUCAUAUCUCACAGAUCCGAAGCUCCUCACCUACCAAUCCGGGUCUUGCACCUCACGAAGUAUCCUUCUUGCGCCUCCUAGAAUCCGUCAGCAAUGGAUCGUCUGUACAAAUAUCUUACACCGGUACAACGCUAGUCUACAAUCCAGGUGUUAUAGCCGGAUCGAUUGAUGGAUUGGGUGCAGAUGUGGAUGGAGUGAUAAAAUGCCACUUGCCGGCGAAUAAUACUCGGGGAGUUAGUUAUUUCUUGCUGCCUUUAUGUAUGCUUGCGCCUUUUGCAAAGAAGGCCGUGAAUGUAAGGUUUGAGGGAGAAGGAGUCAUUACAAGUGCAACAGAAGCAGGAGAUAUAUCAGUGGAUAGUGUCAGAACGGCCAUUCUACCACUUUACGAACCAUUCGGAAUCAUGGCCAGCAAAUUAGAAAUCAGAGUUUUACAGAGAAGUUGUCCGGGAGCGGGAGGCAAGGGUGGUGGAGGGGUAGUGGAGUUACGGUUUGGGAGCCAGAUCAAGGCGCUACCGAAAACUUUGCAUUUGAACAGGAGUCCUGGAAGGGUGAGGAGGAUAAGAGGAGUGGCAUAUGCGACAGGUGUGAGCAACAGUCAUAACGCGAGAAUGAUACACGAGGCUAGAGGAAUUUUGAAUCCAUUGGUGGGAGAUAUUCAUAUUGCGACACAGUACGAUCAAGCGCCACUAGUAUCAGCAAAGGACAAAACGAAUCCAAGCGCGAAAAAGAGGACAGGAGUAGGUUUUGGGCUGGCAUUGAUUGCGGAGACCAGUUCUGCGGGUGUAAUAUAUACGGCAGAUGUGGUCUCUCCGAGCGCAGGAGGUAUCGCACCCGAAGAUAUUGGAAAGCAGUGUGCAUAUCAAUUGCUAGAAAUUAUAUCACAGGGAGGGUGUGUGACGAAGGCUGGAGCACCCACAGUACUGACAAUGAUGGCGAUGGGUUCAGAGGAUAUCGGCAGAUUGAGACUAGGACGAGAAAUAAUAGCCUCAGAGGACCUAAUAACACUAGGAAGAGAUCUAAAAAAGUUUGGGGCAAGCAGUUGGGGUUUACGAGAUGUAGACGAAGACGAAAGCGAGGAUAUCAUAGUGAGCGUUAAGGGCACGGGGGUGGGAAAUGUUGGCAGAGGCGUACAGUAG